AUGCUGGAGAACGGUGGUAAGGUGCUGAAAGAGGGGCUUCUGGAGAAGCGCAGCGACGGAUUGCUGCAACUGUGGAAGAAAAAGCACUGCGUCCUCACGGAAGAUGGAGUGCUCCUUCAUUCGCCGAAACAGCACGACCACCCACAUCAUCAGCACCACAGCCACGACACCGGUAAAGUGAAAGAGCUGCAUUUCGCCAACAUGAAGACCGUGGACUGUGUCGAGAGAAAAGGAAAGUACGUCUAUUUCACUGUGGUUAUGUCGGAGGGCAAGGAGAUUGAUUUCAGGUGUCCCCAGGACGAGGGUUGGAACGCCGAAAUAACUUUGCAGAUGGUGCAGUACAAAAACCGACAAGCAAUACUUGCUGUUAAGUCGACACGACAGAAACAGCAGUUGCUCGUGGUUCAGCUCCCGGGACAAAAAAUGAUCAGAAACUCACAGAACGUUGCGUGA